AUGAAAUAUCGCAGCGUCUUGUAUGGUUUACUAUCAAGUGCCUUUUUGAGAGGCAUAUUGUCCAAAGUCGUCUACAAUUGCAGCGGUGACGUUGAUUGCGCAUUCAAGAGCGUCAUCGACCUGGGAUUCGCACAAAACAUAUCACUAGCGCGUACAGGACACGUACACGGAGUAGAAAGAGACGAGGGAUACGACUUUCAGGAGCUCUUACACGAUGCCGAAUUAAUACACACGAAGCUCGCGCCGAUCUUGUCCGAGCUCUACUUUCGGGUUUUCAGGGUUAAUCUGGAUGCCGAGUGUGCAUUUAGAAAGAGGAAUGAUUUGUGCGCUACCGUGAAUCCGGUUGGACAGAUUUUGGCGGAGACUCCAGGAGGCCAACCUGCCUCCUCUGGAGGUUACAAAAAGUGUCAUGUAGAUAGGUGUAACCUGAGUGACAUUCCGGUAGAUUUGCAGGCGGCGAGAAUGGAACAUUACGUCCUGCGUUAUUCGGGUGAUUCGCAAAAGGAGGGAUGGGAUCCUCUGGAUCUCUACGGCAAGGAUGUUUUCUAUAACGACAUUCUUGGAAUACACCCUUCGAGUUCGGAAGAAGCACCAGUAUUUGUGGAUUUGCUCAGGAACCCUCCAUCAUAUACUGGCUAUUACGGAAAGGAUGAUUGGUAA